CUCUUGUCUAUAAAUAACUGGAGAAGCCAGAGGGAGGAGGAGAGAAUAGUUAUCGAGCGGCAAUCCAAAAAGGCAAAAACAGAGAGAGGGAGCGAGAGUUCUCUCCUUCUGCCCAAACAAAGAACCUUUCAAUUGGAAAUCGUUCUCGGCGGCCAUUGGUAUCGCUUUCCGAGGUGGAAUUUCGGUUCGUCUCGAUAUUUUGUGGGAUAUAUCUCUCUCCCUCGAUUUGGGUUUCGAUUGAGAGGAGGAGAGGGAUAGCUGGGUUUCAGGUGAAGCCAUUGUUGUACACAUUGUGGGAGGAAGGAAGCAGGGGAUUUGCGGGGUUCGUCUUUAUCUUCUGUGGGGUGGGUUUUGUUCCUGAUCAUAGAAAUUUUCUGUGGUGGAUUUUGGGAGAAUCAUGGAGGAAGGAGGGUAUUACAGUUCGAAGAAAUCUGAUGAUAUAUGCGAGAACAUUUGCGGCCAGCAGUCUGCCAGAGGGCCUCUAAGCAUGUCUCGACUGAAAUGCAUCCUGCGAGGCUUUGACUUCAAGACCUGCCUUCUGAUAUUCAUAGCCAUUCCUCUGAUAGUCUUGGGAGUCUAUGUCCACGGGCAGAAGAUCACCUACUUCCUGAGACCACUAUGGGAGAGACCUCCAAAGCCCUUCAAUGUCAUCCCGCAUUACUACAAUGAGAACGUGACAAUGGAAACUCUCUGCAAGCUCCACGGCUGGGGGGUCCGUGAGUCCCCCAGACGAGUCUAUGAUGCUGUUUUAUUCAGCAACGAAGUCGACAUGCUCACCAUUCGGUGGAACGAGCUGUACCCUUAUAUAACACAGUUUGUGCUUCUAGAGUCGAACUCUACAUUUACUGGACUGCCUAAGCCUCUCAUCUUCGCAGGCAAUAGGGACAAGUUCAAGUUCAUUGACCCUCGGCUGACUUACGGGACGAUUGGAGGAAGGUUUAAGAAGGGGGAGAACCCAUUUGUUGAAGAAGCUUAUCAGAGAGUUGCACUAGACCAGUUGAUCAGAAUUGCUGGGAUUGAAGAUGAUGAUUUACUGAUAAUGUCCGAUCUGGAUGAGAUCCCAAGUGCUCACACGAUUAAUCUCCUUCGAUGGUGUGAUGAUAUUCCUCCUAUUCUUCAUCUUCAGCUGAAGAAUUACUUGUAUUCUUACGAGUAUCAUGUGGAUAACAAGAGCUGGAGGGCUUCCAUUCAUAGGUAUCGAACUGGGAAGACUCGAUAUGCUCAUUACAGACAGUCGGAUGUUCUUCUCGCUGAUUCAGGGUGGCAUUGCAGCUUUUGCUUUCGGUACAUUAGUGACUUCGUGUUUAAGAUGAAAGCUUACAGCCAUUACGACAGGGUGAGAUUCUCACAUUACUUGGAUCCAAAGAGAGUUCAGGAUGUGAUCUGUAAGGGUGCGGAUUUGUUUGAUAUGCUACCUGAGGAGUACACAUUCAAGGAGAUCAUUGGGAAGAUGGGUCCUAUACCAAGGACUUUCUCAGCAGUUCACCUUCCUGCAUUCUUAUUGAACAAUGCUGAGAAAUACAAGUAUCUUUUGCCUGGGAACUGCAAGAGAGAAAGUGGCUGAAGUUUGAAGGGGAGUAGGGCUUCUUUUGUAGACUUCACAGGGAAUGCCGAGGUUGGUGUUUUGCACAGGCGAGAAGGCAAAUGUUCAGAAAAUAGACGAGCCAUGGCGUGGAACUGCUACAAGUAUACCUUACAAGGACUGAGACAUUGAACACCAUUCUUUUAGAGAGGUGCGCAAUCGAGAUUGAUGAUGAGAGGGGGGAAAUUUUGAAUGCUUGGACUUUGGAGGCGCUGCUGCUUCGACCAUGAAGUGGUAUAGAUUGUUCAUGUGGUGGAAGCUUGUUCGAGUGGGACAUAUCUUUAGGAGUUUCCCAAUGCAUGCCUUCCGCAGAGAGAUUAUUCUAGAUUACAGUUGACCUCUUCCAGGUUAUUUCUACAUGGGGUUCGACUUUCUUUAACGAAAAGAAUCAUAGCUAGAUUCAUGUUGUUUAUUCACUCUAAUUUUAUAGAAAGUGAUAUACAUGUUGGCCUCUUCCCUUCACCUUAUAUAAUAUAUUAACUAUGACUCAUUUCGUCAUUGAACUACUCUGAGCUUUUCUUAUCCUUUUGUUAGCUAUGAUGAUUCUCGUCUUUUUCCCCCC